AUGGAGGGUACAUAUAUGCCCAUUUUAAAUCAACUUCUCACGAAUACGGAUGAAGAGGAAACCCGGCAGUUGAUGCACGAGUUUAAGAAUACAAUUGGCAUUCUCAUUCUCUUCGCUACUCCGCUGUCGGUAGAUUCCUUUGUAAACCUUGUACAGAUUGAGACCGACACGGUCCGGAAGCAAUUCAAGCUGUUCCAGUCUGUUCUUGAUGUUCCUGCCACGCCAGAUGAGCCAGUUCGGAUCUCACAUAUCUCAUUCCGGGAUUUUCUUCUCGAUAAUAAGCAGGAAGAAUCUCCAUUCUGGAUAGACAAGGGCUUGGUCCAUAAGAGACUGGGUGUCCAAUGCCUCAAAGUCAUGCAACAUGGACUACGGAAGAAUAUCUGCAACUUGCAACAUGAUACCCCCAGGAACGACAUUGAUCAAGAGAAUCUCCGCCACUGCCUGCCAUCAGAAUUACAGUAUGCCUGCCGAUACUGGGUACACCAUCUGAUACAGAACAACCCAGUUACUGAGCUCACUCAGGUUGUUUCAUUUCUUGAAUCCCAUUUCCUCCAUUGGGUUGAAGCAAUGAGUCUUUUGGGAGCCCUCUCUGACGUCGUUGAAAUGGUCCAGAGACUACGGUUAGCCAUACCGACUUACGAAAAUCAUCAGCUGUCGGGUUUCAUGUCUGAGGCGUGGCAUUUUAUUCUUCGAAAUCGCCAGAUAGCUGAAACUAGCCCCCUUCAGCUUUACUCAAUAGGGUUGAUGUUUACGAAAGAAGGUUCGAUAUUCAAAAGAGCAUUCAAGAACGAGUCAUCCCCCUGGAGCCUAGCACCCAGAGUGAAGGACACAGGGACUGGGCUUUCCAGCUGGCUUCGCUUGGUCGCCUUCUCACCAGACGGCCAACUGUUAGCGUCCGGCACCGAUGAUCACACUGUGAAGGUCUGGGACCCGCGUACGGGUGAGCUACUCCAGACGCUCAAGGGCCAUUUGGGUUGGGUGAGCUCGGUUUCCUUCUCACUAGACAGUCAACUGCUGGCGUCUGCUUCCUUUGACCAGACUGUCAAGGUCUGGGACGCCCAGACUGGUGAGUUGCGUCGUACUUUCGGGGGCUAUUUCCAUGAGAUUUACUCAGUCACUUUCUUACCUGACGAUCAACUAACAACGUCCUCCGGUGGCCACACUGUGAAGGUCUGGGAUGUCCGUACGGGUGAGCUGCUCAAGCUAUGCGAGUGA